AUGGGUUCUGAGCGUGAGAACAAGACGUUCCUCGCGCGGCUCUGCGAGCAGGCCGAGCGCUACGAUGAAAUGGUUACCUUCAUGAAGGAAGUCGCCAACAUUGGUGGCGAGCUCACUGUUGAUGAGCGUAACCUGCUUUCCGUCGCCUACAAGAACGUGGUCGGCACCCGCCGUGCCUCCUGGCGCAUCAUUUCCUCCAUCGAGCAGAAGGAGGAAAACAAGGGCUCCGAUGAGCACGUCGGCAUCAUCCGCGACUAUCGCCAGAAGAUCGAAACCGAGCUGGAGCAAGUGUGCCAGGAUGUGCUUGAUGUUCUUGAUGACGCUCUCAUCCCCAAGGCCGAGACUGGAGAGUCCAAGGUCUUCUACUACAAGAUGAAGGGCGAUUACCACCGCUACCUCGCCGAGUUCGCUUCCGGCCCCAAGCGCAAGGGUGCUGCCACCGCUGCCCACGAGGCCUACAAGAACGCCACCGACGUUGCCCAGACCGAACUCACUCCCACUCACCCUAUCCGCCUGGGUCUUGCCCUGAACUUCUCCGUUUUCUACUACGAGAUCCUCAACUCGCCUGAUCGUGCUUGCCACCUUGCCAAGCAGGCAUUCGACGAUGCCAUUGCAGAGCUCGACUCGCUCUCCGAGGAAAGCUACCGCGAUAGCACCUUGAUCAUGCAGCUGCUGCGCGACAACCUGACCCUCUGGACCUCAUCUGAGGGCAAUGAGGGCGAGGCUGCCGCCAAGGAGGAGAAGUCUGAGGAGGAGGCCGCUGCUCCUGCUGCCGCUGCCACCGAGGCCGCUGCUCCCGCCGAGGAAAAGCCCGAGGAGGCUAAGCCCGCCGAGACUCAAGCUUAA